CCGUUGAACUAAGCGUCAGCGGAUGAAUCGCUACGGAACUGGCCUGGAAAUAGAUGCCUGUUGAUCAAGCUUUGGCCUUUGAUACGUUUCAAUUAAACAUCAACGACAGUUCACGACGACUUCGCAACGAUUGAGCCUGUCCGGGCCUUUUGAGCACGAUAGUCUUCAUAAUAAGUGCCACAGAACAACAUGGUGCUACUCACAAUGACGUCCUCCAUUGUAGAGGCGUUAUCGAUUGUCGAGUUGACGGAAACACCAGAGCUUGAAGAUCACGACGAAACAGAGGAAGAAUCACAAUCACCCACUAAAGAACCUUCAUUAGACGACCCAAAACUUGGAAAUCCCAUAUCGCACAGCCAAAUAGUCGACCUCUGGAAGCAGUUGAAAGCACAAGGCAACUCAAACUACACCCUCGAACAACUCCUUCGCGGCGCAUCCGUCUACAUCCCCCCUCCACCUCCCAAACCUGAACCCUCACCCCAAUACAAAGCCCUAAUGGCCCGUCUCCGCCGCGAAGAAGAAGCCCGCACCUACGACCGAAUGAUAAACCCACCUCCCCAACACGAAACCUUCAAAGACCACUUCCCCUCCAGCGCCGCCUCCUUCGCCGCCGCAAACCGCCCAACAUCCUCCGCAGACAUCGGUGACGACGAUGUAGCGAUGGAAGAAGUUCACAAACAAGUCACGCUGAUUAUCAACUUCCUCGUCAGUAUCGCCGGUGUCGCAGGAACAUUAUGGGUUACAGCCCGGUGGUGGAGUCUACCGUCACGGUUAUUCUUGACGAUGGGAGGAAGUAUACUUGUUGCUAUUGCGGAAGUUGUGGUGUAUAAUGCGUAUAUGUGGAAGAUGGAUCAGGGGAGGAAGAAGCAUGGAAAGGUUAAGGAGGUUAGGGAGGUUGUUGAGAGUUGGGUUCUUAGGAAGGAUGAGGAUGAGAAGAGUGUUUUGAUUAAGGAGAAGGAUAAAAUGGAGGACGGGGUGAGGAAACGAAAGACAGAAGCGAAGGUCGAGAUCUAAGCAAAUACCGUAAUGCUAUAAUAAUUAAACACAAGAGAAUGAGGAAGCCAGCUUCUUACUGAGAAAUGCGACAUUCCCUUCGCAUCGAUACUGAGGCCUUGUUCACGGCAAUUGACAAGUUCGACAUGGCCAUAAUCUUACCUGGACAAUAUCAUGAUCAUGAUUUCG